AUGAGGACUCAAAACCCAUCUGGUGUGAUCCCUCCUGUCCGGCCGAUGUCCAUAAGAGAGAAGGAAGUAUUUAUCAACCUUGGUGUAGAUGAAGCAUCGAGAGACACCACUUAUCUAGUUGUUUUUUUAGCAUGUUGGCUCUGUAAAUUUGCCUUUCCCGCACACCCUGGCAACAUGAUUCGUCCUGGGACUUUCAAGGUUGCGAGCAUGUUAGCAGAUGGCUGCAAUAUUUGUCUUUCCAUCCCGGUUUUGGCCAGUAUUUAUAGAGGCUUAAAUGAAAUUAUUUCCUCACCAGUUCCUGGAAGCUGCUCUGUAAUAUUUCCUAUACACUAUGUAUUCGGCUGGUUAAGUGAAUAUUUUAGAACUAAUUUCACCGCUCCUAAUAUCAACUAUUGGCCUAGAAUGACAUUAUAUGCAGGCGAAGGAGGAGCAAGAUUUUUUGACGAUUUUGAAGCACAAAAUUUAUUCAAAUUAUGUAAAGGAAUAAACUUAACUCGUAUGGCUAAAAGAUCUUCAAAACAGCGACUCAUUGUGAAUAAUGGUGAGAUGAUAAAGGCUGACUCUGACACCCUAAUCAGUCUUCGAUCAUGUUAUUUGACAUUGCACCAAAAUGACUGUCUCAUCAUUGAGCCGUAUAAUCCACAAAGAUUUAGCCGACAAUUUGGGUACCACCAAGAUAUUCCUGGAAAAUUAAAGAAUGACUUUCGUAGUUGCACCUUAAAGGAGUUUUUAAAGCAUUGGAAAUCAUCCGUUCAUUAUUCUUCUGGUUGUGAUGCGUUGUUUCCCUCAACCUCCAGCCACCAGAAGUCCUCAGUUACCAAAGCAUAUGCUAAAUGGUGGUCUAGCGUAUAUAUUGAUCCAUUUACACAGGAAUAA